AUGGGGGUUGGUUGUGACCUGAAUGGGGCUCACUAUGAUAACGGACAGGCCUUCCAGCCCAGCCCACUCUACAAGUGCACUUGCAUUGCUGGAGCCAUCGGCUGCACUCCUGCCUUCAUCCAAAAGCCAACUGGAAUGUUGAGUCCCGCAGCUCUCCAGGGCAGCUUGCCAGCAGGACUCAAGAGUAAUCAAAGCCCCAAACACCAGCAGGACACCACCUACAGGACCAUGUCAGGUGAGUGUGGUUUACUUACAUCAGCAGAAAACAAAAAUAAUUUCAGAGGUGAAGAGGGUCAUUACAUUUGA